UUCAAGAUCUCCCAGGUUCAUGAACCUCCUUUUCGUGUCAGUCUACUCUAUAAAUAUAACGAACCCUCUUUACAUUGAUUCCCACUGCAAAUUUCAAUACUACAAAGAUCAUAAAAAAUUAUUUCGAUAACAAAAAAAAGAUUCUUCGAAUUUAUUUAAUCUCUUUUUAUUAUGGCAAUAGAAUCCGAUUACGCUUUUCUUGAGUCGAUAAGACGACAGUUACUAGAAGAAUCGGAGUUACGACUCAGUGAGUCAACGGUGGCGAUAUCUGGUACUGGUACGACGGUUCACAGCGUGAAACCAGUGUACGGAAGAAACUCGAGCUUCAGCAAGUUGUAUCCUUGUUUCUCCGACAGCUGGGGAGACUUGCCGUUGAAAGAGAACGACUCGGAGGACAUGCUAGUCUACGGAAUCCUCAACGACGCUUUCCACGGCGGAUGGGAACCGUCUUCUUCGUCCUCGGACGAAGACCGGAGCUCUUUGACGACGGUUAAAACCGAGAAUUUCUCGGCGGUGGACUCUGUUCCGGCGAAGAAGACGAGUCCGGUUCAAGCGCCGGCGAAAGGGAAGCACUACAGAGGAGUGAGGCAGAGGCCGUGGGGGAAAUUCGCGGCGGAGAUAAGGGAUCCGGCGAAGAACGGAGCUAGAGUUUGGCUGGGGACGUUCGAGACGGCGGAGGACGCGGCGUUGGCUUACGACAAAGCCGCUUUCAGGAUGCGUGGCUCCCGCGCUUUGUUGAAUUUCCCGUCGAGGGUUAACUCGGGAGAACCCGACCCGGUUCGGAUUAAGUCCAAGAGAGGUUCUUCGUCGGAAAACAGAGCUCCGAAGCGGAGGAGAACGGUGGCUUCCGGUCAAGGAACAGACAUGGAACUGAAAGUCAAGUGUGAGGUUGUUUAAGUGACACGUGGCUAUUAGUUAUUGGUUUGCAAUUUUCCAUUGUGCGAUCAUUUUUCCCCAGAAAAGGUGGACAAAAUGCAUCAUACGAUGGGAAAUAAAAAUGUUAAGAACCCAUACUCUUUUUUCAACAAAUAUUCAUUUAUUAAAUACUUUAAUAUCAGUGGGUUCAAAGAGUAAUGUUUAAGCAAAAAACGCCACCAUAGUUUUAAUUAGUUCGAUAGUUUGAGCUUUCAAAAAACGCCACCAUAGUUUUAAUUGGUUCGAUAGUUUGAGCUUUUAAAAAAAAAAUAUAAUCUAAUCUAUAUGGCGUAUUGUUAAUGUAAUCACUUGUAGAUUUGCUAAAGAUUUUAUAAGAAAGUAUAAAACCCAAU